UCGUCUGACAUCCAAACGUCAGCUGGUUGUGAAGUGCGACAGACUGGACUACACUGGACAGAAAUGGCGACUCUCUGUCCAGGUGUUCAGUAUGGUUUAUCAUCGCAGCAAAAUUUCGGUGAAAAUAAAGACUUAAUUUUUGUGAAACUGACGGAUUCCGCCGUUCGUGCAAUAUACGACUUUUUAAAAAAUCAGAAUAAAUUCAACUGCCAGGGUCCCACGAUAAAGUUCCUAGGAAAUGAAGGGCAAUUAUCUUUCCCCUCCGUGCAAAACGGCUACACCUCGUUCAGUUUUUCGAUGUCUAGUACGGCGGACAUGGAGGGCCCCGGGGGCAGUUUCGAAUGCGUCCAGCAGACGGGUCCCCCCCGGGGCUCCCUCGAAGUCCUCGGUUCGAUACCAUACAAAGUCCGUGUCCGCGCCAACGACGACAUCUACGAAGCCACCCGUCAUCGUAUGACCAUCGCCGAAGAAAAUCACAAGAACAAAUGCACAAGGGAGAUAAAACCGAACGAAAAAGACAUCGGCCGCAAAGUGAAAUUGAAACAGAGUCGCGCCUCUCUGCCGCCCAUUCGUCGGGAGCCGCCGCCCCCGGCCCCCAAACCGUCUUAUCAGCCCUCCAAGCCGGCCCCGCCGCCCCCCAUCAUCUCCUCCAGCAACGGCCUCUCCAACGGCUUGGGCAGCAAUCACGUGAGCAGCUCCAGGCCCCAAAUGAAUAAACCCUCCGUCCCCGAUAUCGCCCGGAGGCCCAUCAAAGAGCGAUUAAUUCACCUUCUUGCGUUGAGGCCCUUUAAAAAAGUUGAAUUACACGACCGAAUAACGAAAGAGGGUGUGAGGGAGAAAAAUGGGAUAACUUCGAUCCUCAAACAGAUUUCCUUUAUGAAAGAUAACUGUUAUCACCUCAAUAGGGCGAUGUGGAACGAAGUGAACGAAGACUGGCCUUUUUACACCGAAUCGGAACGACAAAUGUUGAAAAGGCGGAAGCCGGCAAACCUAACCCCUCCCGGCAGCAGCGACGGCGGCAGCUCCGGCAGCGGUCAAUCCCCCACCAGCACCCACCCCGGUUCCCCCCCUCCCAUUUCGACGACGUCAUCAUCAUCGAAACGUCCCGGUUACUACGACAACCAGGACGGUCUUCCGACGAAACGUCAACGUAUCUCCCACUAUCGCAAACCCUCCGAACAAAAUUAUCGUUCGCCAAUCGAAAACAACAGCAGCCAACGUCGUCCACCGACGGAUUCACGUGACGCCAGCAACAUGAAUCCGCGCAGCAGGGAAUCCCCGACAACGGCAACGGCGACGGCGGCGGCGGCGGCGGCGCCUACUGUUGCCCUUAGCAACGGCGAUACGAAAUUGCGCGCCGACGAUGAUAAGCAACGUUGUGAUAGUCAUAGUUUAAGCUACGGUGGACGUAAUUCGCCGUUAACGAACAACAAAACGACGACAACGGAAAACGGUUACGUUAACGGGAAAUGCACACCGAGAGAGAAAGAGAGGAUGAGAGAGAGGGUGUCGAGUUCGAGUCAGAGGAGUGUCAGGGUCAGUCCAGACAGCCAAUCGGAGGCGAUGGGGGGCGGGGAUAGGGUGUCGCCAAUUAGGGAAAAAGGGGCGGUGGCUAAAGUCGACAGCAGUUCCGAAUUUCCGGAUUAUUUAACUGAAUACACUACGAUAAAAGAUGCCGAUCAAAGGCGGCGUUUCAAAGCCGAUUUCAACGCCGACUAUGCCGAAUAUAAGGACCUUCACGGAAUCGUUGAAAAAGUGUCUCGGAGGUUUGUCGAUUUAGAAUUGAAGCUUAAGCAAGAAGACGCGUCUAGUCCCAGAUUUAAAGAUCUAAAAAAGCAAAUCGUACGAGAAUACAAUGAAAACAAGAACGAUCUGGAACACCAAAAACUAAAGCGCCGCUUUCAAUAUCUCCACGACAAACUGUCGCACAUAAAACGUCUCGUCUUAGAGUACGACCAGGGUUUAGCCAACAACCGAUACUGACCCUGGGCGCUUUCGGCCUCGAGGCCCCACGCCCCGGCACAUUGCUAUGGACUCCUGCCAUCGGACGACUCAAUACUAACAUCACGAACCACAAAAAUCCCAUUGAAAGUUUAAAAACUAGACACACACACACACACACAAAUUAGUCGCUUCGGUUAUUUAUUAUUUAUAGGUUAAGUGGCGGCCAUUGCUCAAAUUGCUUUGUGAUACGAUUGAUUGAUUGAUUUUGUUUUGGCACAAACGGGACGCCACUGGUAAUUUGGUUGAGUUCGAGUGCCAUAAUAACGAUCCGAAAAUCCCCAAAUUGACAACAGUAUUGCCAUUUUGACCAGUUACCAUUGAUCUUCCGCGCUCUUUUUUUAUAUGUAUAUGUUGUUUCUUCCGAUUUUCCUGUGCCAAACUCCUUUUAUUUAUUGCGAUAAUCUCAUUGGACGUCCCUGGACGCGCCAACUAGAUCUAAUUUCGUAGGCGUAGAAAAAAUAUAUUAUUGAACUGUGAUGACCACGCUCAUUCCGUUAGUGUUACGUUGUCCAGUAGCAGUGCCCUUCCUGCCAAUCAGACUGUCCGUCGAUGUGGUUGUGAUUGUACAUAUGAUCUUCGAUGACGACCUGGCCUGACCUUGACUCAUCAAAUAUAUAUACAGUACCAUGUAUCUAUAUUACAUAUAUAAUUAAUAUGUUAGAGUAUGCUUAAUCAACUUUAUUCUGUCUUCUCGCUUAUUUUAUCGUUUUUUUUCCUUCUGAGAACAAAGCAAAAACCAAAAAAAAUAAAAAAUAUUAAAUGUCGUUAGUCCGGGGUUGUGUAAUUCUAUACGUACCGAGUCAAUUGUUGAAAAUUUGCCUGAAUGUUAUAUUAAUUGAUUACAUGACACGUGGAUUAAUGUGAUAAAAGUAAUGGUUCAUUGGUUGUUUGGUUUGGUUGGUUAUAUUGUUUUUUUUUGUUUAUUGUAUGAGUAAUUCCAGUGACCGUACGUAGACUAACAUGUUUUCGAGCGCAUUGAUUGCUCUCUUUCUCUCUCUGUUGUUAUGUAAAACGUGCCACUUGUUGCCAAGCUCGGUCUGUUGUCGAUUUAUGUUAUAUAUCACUGUAAAUAAGUAAAACAGUCUGUUUACGUUUUUGUCCAGUUCGUAAUCAAGUGGCUAGGGUUUUAUAACGACAUUAUGUUUUAUUGUAAAUUUUGAACUAUGCAAUAUAUUUAAAAGCAUCCCGA